UUAAAACCCGCCCUCUCUCUCUCCUCCUACCCUCACUCACUCUCUCUCUCUCUCUCUCCUACAUUUUUUUUUUGGUGAAGAUCUCUCUCUACAUUUUCGAAACCUCCUCUCGCCCUUUUUCUCUCUCUAGGGUUUUACGAUUGUUCGCACUCAAAUUCCACUCAUCCAGCUUCGAAUCUCAGCUAAAAAAUCGCCUCCCGAUCUUCCCCCUCCGCCGCUCUAUCUGCCAGUGUCGUGCUCAUUACGCGCCGUGGAGAAUCGAGAGCUGAGCUUCUUACGACGUCGUUUCCGGUGGUUGUCGAUUUGCCUUGAGGUUUCAGGAACUACUGUAUUAAGAACACUGUGAUCUGGAUAGAUGCUAUAACAUGGAGAAGGGUCUUCUGAUCGACAAUAAUCACAAGAGGAAUGAUCCUAUUAUUGCUUCCAAGACGGUGGGAUCAUUUGUUAAAAUUGAUUCAAUAUCUAUAGAUCUUCCUGAUGCUAAUAACAAGAGUAGCAGCCAUGCGGGAAACUGCGAGCAUUUCACUAUACGUGGUUAUGUAGCUGAAGUUCGCAAAAAGAAUUGGAAGCUUUGUUGUCCAUUUCCUCUGGAUGGUGAGUUGGACAAGUUUGAUCAGGAGCCAACAUCCUUGCUUCCUCCUUUGGAUCCUCCAAAAUUCAGAAGGUGGUCUUGCGAGAAUUGCGUGCUGGAAAGUGGUUCUGAGAGUAUUGCAAGAGAUCAUGGUACAGACAUUCGUAUUGGAUCUGAUUCCAAUAACAAGUGUGCUCAGGUCCCACACCACAGUGAUGCUCCACUGCUUCUGUUAGAUUCUGAGCAAGGUUCAAUUUCAAAAACUGUUGAUGGAAAAAGAGUUGAAGCUCAUGUUUCUGUCGAUGGAAUUGUCAAUGAGCAACAUCCUUCGUCAUCUCCUUUUGAUAAGAAAGAAGGGAGGCAUGAAGUUGCACCCACUGCCAUCACAGUGAAUAAGAAUGUCUUAGAUAAUCAUGCGAGUCAUGAAAUGCCGAGACUCAAUUCUGUUGAGGCAGAAGUUGACCCAAAAAGGACGCAGGAGAGACAUAAAGGUAACACAGCAGAAGCAGUAAAUUUGGAGGGCAAUGGAUCUGUUGAAGUCUGGAAAUCAGGAUGUGAAAUUCGUGAUGAUACCAACAUUAAGCUCCAUUUCUCGAACAACAAAUUAUUCUGGAAUAAGAACCUCACCCACACUAGUGAAGCCGAGCACCGACCUUCUGCAGAAGAAAAUCACAAGGAGUCAAUGAAUGCCUCUGGGACAUGUAAGAUAGUCGGAACUGUUGACAGGGCAGGUGAUGCUACCAAGGGCCAGACCAACAUUAAUCAUCCUCUGCAUGAGUGUGAUUAUGCAUCAUCUGAAAAUCUUGAUAAGUCAAGUAGUUUGAAUCGUAAGAAUGGUAGGAAGGUGCGUAUGCGUCUGCUGAGUGAGUUGGGUGAUGCAAAGCCUGAUUGCUUCAGGACAGAAGAUUCUCCAUCCAACAGAAUUAGUAAUACAUCUGGGGCAGGAACUGUUUCCCAAGGUCAGGUGUCUGUCCAAGAAAGUGCUAGAGUGGAUCUUGGUGAGAAUAACAAAAGGAAAUUGCCUGAGGAAGAGGAACAGAGAAGCCAAGGGACGAGCCUUCCAAAAAGUUUGAAUAGAAAAGUUAGGACUUCCAAGCGAGAUGAAGAAACCACCAGACACGUUGAGGAUUCUGAAUUAGAAGAAGAUGCAGUUGCCAGAAUAUCUUUGCAGGCAGAUAUGAGGAGCAACUGGAAUAGAUCUGAAAUUGAACGAAUCCUGGCUGUUGGUAAGAAGAAAAUUAUGAAAUCCAAUGAUAUUGGUGUAUGUUCAUCCUUAGUCCCACCCAAAGAUAUUGUGCCAAUAGAAGCGCUAGACAAAGUUGGAAGUUCAAGUAAAGGUAAUGCCACUACAAUUGCUUUUUCUAUUCCUGCGUAUGAUGCAGCCACAGUUAGAGAGAAAGAUCAAAUUGCUUUGCCUGCCCCAAAAGCAGGUAGAAAGUCUGGUUCCUGUAAGCGGAAAGACAAGAUGCCAGAAGUUGAUAAUGGACUGGCUUCUCUAUUUCCUUGGCCCACGAAAGGCCCAAAUACAAGGAAAGAUGCAGAAUUCAUGCAAACUGGGCAUCCAUUUCAUCGGGCAGAGGACUCACCCGCUGAAAAAGGGUUGGAUCUUUCUCUUAACAGCUAUUUGUCUGCUCAAAGAGAUGACAGGAAAUCUAUUCCUCAAUCUGAAGAUGGAUUUCCUUCCUGGUCAACUCGGAAAGAUGGCACCGGCAAACUAGAUGAGUUUAUUAGGAAAAAUGCAGAAGCCAACGCAAAUCUGAACAGACUUCCUAAACCUGUUUCAAAUGCAUUUUCUGGGAAAAUAGGACAUGAUGAUCGCAGUAGUAAUUUUUUCACCUACAGCAUGUCUAUCGCGAAUGAGAAGCAAAACUAUCGCUCCCAGGUUGAAGGGAGUUUGUUGCAGCAAAUGGAUAUUUCUCAUGCAAGAAACAAGGAGAAAAUCAUUGAGGUUCCGAAAAAUUCAGCUGUGACUGUUAGUAGGAAAGAUGGCAACCAUAGAGCUGAAAAGACAUCUCAUAAGGGAGCUGCAGAUGACAUACCGAUGGAAAUUGUUGAAUUCAUGGCAAAAAAUCAUUAUGAGAGAAAUCAGAAAGCUUUGGAAGCAGGCAUUAAUUCAAGGAAUGUUCAGGUGCAUAGUUAUGGCUUUGGAAACUUAAGAAUAUUAGAGGAAACUGGUGAGAAACGAAAACCUCAGGCAAGAAAGGCAAAAGAUGGUGCAACAGCAAGAAAAAAUGUGGGACCUUCCAAACAAAAGUUAGUUGACUUUUCUACUUAUAUCCCUGAAAAAGACACAUUUCGUCUUGAUCAAAUGCAUUGCCCUACAGGGUUUAAUGCAUUCAGUCAGCCUAAAAAGAAGAUGAGUACUCGAGAGCAAUUUCCUGCUGCUGGUUACAGCAGCUGUAGUUGUGCUCAAAAUUGCAAAUGGAAUGGAGAUAUGAUGAGCCAUGGGUUGUCAAAUUCUAGCUUGCGGCCGUCUGUUCCACAAUCAAAGGAAGAAGCAGCUCGCUUAUGGUCACCUGCAAUGCCAGCUCAAACUCCCUUAACGCAUUACAAUCCUCAAAAGUGUGCAGCUCAGCCGUCUAAUGUCGAUAUGCUUUCACACCCUCCAGGCUCGCUGCAUAAGGGGAAUUUCCAUGGCGAUUAUGGCCUGAAAUUAUUUAAUUUAAAUGCUACCAACCUGGAAAAGCAUAGUGAAGGUGUUGUUUCUGAACCUUUCAGCAGAACAAAUGCAGAGUACUCAUUCACUGGCAAAUGUAAUGUGACUGAGCCUCCUAAGAGUUCAGCGGGUUCUUUUGAUCUAUAUUCCAAUGAAACCAUACCAGCAAUGCAUUUGCUCAGCCUCAUGGAUGCAGGUAUGCAGUCAAGUCCUCCCUUCAGCAUUGCUGGAAACCCGAAAUUUUCCAAGAGGCCCAUUGAUUUUUACUCCAAGGAGUAUUCUGCGGUGGAUGCUGGUGGUUAUAAGGUUACUGAUACCAUGAAGCACCCAUCAUCCAGUUGUUGCGGCAAAAAUCACAUUUUUGAGAGGUCUCUUGACCUUUUUCCUAUGAAUCCUGGUGGCACAUCUACCUCUUCUUAUCCUAAAGGAUUCAAAAGGGCUGCCGUAGAAAAUAGAGGCUCCAGAUCCCAGAAUUCUGCAUUUAAAGGUGGUGUUUUGGGCAAAAAUCACGGAACUAUCCCUGUUAUGCACAAAGGACUCGCUACGCUGGCUGAUUCUACGAUGUUUCCCCAGGACCACCACAACACUGAAUAUCCAAUGCUGCAGAAAUUGGAUACUCAUAAAGCUAAUGGGGCCAUGAGGCCUCCAAGGAGCAGUCCCAAUUCUUUAAUCUGCACUAUAAACAAAAACCCAGCUGAGUUUAGCUUGCCAGAAGAUGGCAAUGAGUACAUGAUUAGCGGGAAAGACUUAAAAGUUGGGAAGCAGAGGCACGGCCUCGUGCAAGUAGAUCAGAACAAGCAGCCAAAGAAGAGGAAACAGACUACAGGAAAAGGACGCGCACAACAAUGAGUUUGAUGAGGCGAAGAUUUUCCCAGCUAGCUACCGCAAAAUAAGGUUCACAGAGGAUCCAAGUUGUUGUUGUAAGCUGAUAUUAGUCAGAGACUCGGAAGCUGGGAAGCGGAGUUUAUAGCAGUCAUACUGGGUGGAGGUUAAGGCCUGUAUAUAGCCUUCAUAUGUCUUGACCUGCCUGUGCUGUUGAUUUUGUAUCAAAUCUUGUUAUUGUUUUUCGGGGUCAUACUUUCGCAAUGACAAGAUGGCUUUCGUACUGGUGAGUUAUUUUCAUGGAUAAAACUUGAAAUUGUAAUUUCUGUAGUUGCCAAAACAUGUGAAAGAAGACUAUGCAUGCUGCUGUUAUGUGAGUGAUUUGAGAAUAAGAUUUUGCCUCAUCUCUAUCAAGCACUUGAAAGAGAUGAGCACA